GUUUUCAUCUUUUUAAAUUGAAUUUAUCAUAUUUACAGAUAUUUAUCCUAUGCAAUACAUUGUGAGAUGUAUCACGUGAUCGUGUGCAAUUUGUUUCCUUCACGUGACUCAGUUAGGCGCAGGCUCCUUGUUCUGGUAGGAUGUUGAAAGCCAUGUUAUGGUAAAUGCAGUUCACAAGAACAGUCAAGGGAUUUACAGAAAAUGAGUGAGAACAUUGAAACUUUCACAUGCGCACAUAAGACAGCAGCACCAUAACUCAGCAAGUGCAAGCGAAUAAGAACGAGUAUAUGCUGGUACCUGACAUCCACCACAACCAGGUCGCGUAACAGCAAACUCAAGUGAACAACUGGUUAAAAUCUGGUAAAGUGAAAAUACUCAGGAAAUCUCUAUUUGGACUAAAAUGGCAUCCUUAAACGUGGUGACAUUACUGUGUCUUGGCCUUGUUGUCUUGGUUAGUUCUUACCCGUCGUUUCAGAAACAUGAAAAUCAGUGGACAAAGCUGAUUUUGACUCACCACUGGCCUAAGACUUUGUGUACGAUGGAAGAAGUUAGUUGCCAAACUGCAGAUAAGUUUAACUACUGGACUUUACAUGGGCUCUGGCCUGAUAAAGGACAAAGCUGCAAUAAGUCCUGGCACUUCAAUGUGAAUGACAUCAAGGAUCUAUUACCUGAAAUGGAGAACUGGUGGCCUGAUGUGUUGCAUCCAGGAAGUAAUCAGUUCUGGAAGCAUGAAUGGGAAAAGCAUGGGACCUGUGCUGCUGUCACAGAAUCAUUAAACUCUGAGAAUAAAUACUUUGCGAAAGCACUGGAUCUUUACAAAAAAGUAGACCUUGAUAGUAUUCUUAAGAAGUUUAACAUUGUACCAUCUUCAAAAUACUACAGACUGGACGAUAUCAGGAAUGCUAUUGGCAGUUUUUACAACGUAAAACCAAAGAUCCAGUGUGUUUCUCCUUCACAGGGAGAGGAAGUACAAACUCUGGGUCAAAUUGAAAUCUGCUUUGACAAAGAAUAUCAACUGAUAGACUGUGUGGAAUACGAAGAGCAGCUGUUUAACAGUACUGAUGACUUUGCCUUUGAAUCAGCUGUGCACUCUGACUUUUCUGUCUGUGAGGAGUCAAUGCCGAUAUACUAUCCUCCAGCUCAUGAGGAAUAAUAGCAGUUGUUGUAGGCACUACGGGGUAGAGUUAUUAAGCUUUUGCUUAAAUGUUGCCUUUUUUCUGAAACAAAUAUAAAAUCAUGAACAAUGAUUAAUGAUUAAACAAUGCAUAAUGAUAGUAUUUGUUGCACUUGGAUUUUAAUAGUUUGGUAACACUGACUAUGAUUUUCAUUUCAAACAGCAUAGGAUAAACUAGCAAAAACUAAGAAAAUGUGUGUUCUGAAUUGAUUACCAUGUAUACUGGGCGAAUUGUAACAAAAGGUUAAAUAUAUUGGGCUGCAGUUUAUCUUUGUCGGAUGUCUUGCUGCCACAAAGCUUUUAAAAUCGGUUGAUCAGGCUCCAGUGUGGUGUCCCAAUAAUCUAGUACAUGACUUGCAAGUCUUGGUGUACAUUUAGUGAGUCAAGACAACAAGUGCUGCAGAAUUUCGUUAUUUAAUCUAUUUUGAGGUUGUGACGUUGGGGCAAAAGAACAGCAUGCAGUGUUUAAUACUAGCAGCAACAGUGGUAGUACAUUAUGGGACAGCAAAUCCACUGUACUGUCCUCCAAAAUAAUUCCCUAAACCAUGCUGGCCAAAACCACCACAGUCGCUCUUUUGUCAUAACUCUUAACUGCUGCACCCUGACUUGCCUGAGAUCUGGAUUAUUUCAAAUUGCAGUUGUUCAGAACACUGGAAAUUGAAUAAGUGAUAAGUAAUGAGGUUACAUACAUGUUUAAGCAAUAAAUACUAACAUUGAUCACAUUUUCCUUAACAUUGAACUGUAUAUUUGUAGAGAUGGGGGACAUUGCCAAAUAAUUAUAUUUAAUUGAUUUGGUGGUUUUGAUUUUCUUUUUUUUCUUUUUUUUUUUUUUUUUUAAGUGGGGGUGAGGGUCUUGUCUUGUUUUUCCUCUGUAAGCCACUUGUGGUUCAAAAUUCUAUUAUUGUUCUAAAUUGUUUGUAAAACAUGAUCCUGUUAAAGCAUUUUGUAUCUGUUGUGUGGAAGUUUAUAUCCAUGGUACUUUUUACUGGUGUUUUAUAUCUGUUUUGUAUACAUUACAACACAUUAAAUGUUUUUGUUUACUAUUAAAACAUUUCAAUUUCAAA